UUUUCCUUUUUGUUGUUAUUUAAUUUUAUUUUUGAAUUCAAAUUGUGACGUUUGUAACUUCUAUUGUAAACAGUAAAGUGCAAGUUAAACUAAGUAAAGCUGGAACCAUAAUUUCUGACUUAGUUAAGUUAGUAUAGAAACUACAAAUACUCAGAGCAGAGUCUGGCCACGGAUGCUACAUUACUUAGUUCAAUAAGUUAGCUUUCUAGUAAUACUACUACUAGUAGUAUGAUCACUGUAAAUUGAAAUUACUUGUAUUGUUACAGUUAUACUCAGUGUUAUACUUAUAAUGUAAUUCUAGCCAUUAGGUGUGUAGUACUAGAUAGACUAACUUAAAAUCAUAUUCGGGACUUAUUGGCUAUGUGUAUUGGUACUGUGGUGAAAGAAAAACCCUCACAAAAUGGAAGGACAAAGCACAUUUAACUCCACUGAAGUUUUCAAAAAUCAAGAAUAUGAAACUCAGUUGUUUGGGUUCACUCCAAGAUCUUUUGUUGAUGGAAUGUAUAAUGCAGUUUAUGAUUACCUUCAUGACUCUUUGAACACAUUGCAACUUUACUUGUGUCAACAGUACAGUUGUGUAAUGCCUGAAGACAGAAUCAAGACAGGAUCAGAAGUUAUUUUACAGACAAUGCUAAAUAACACAGAUAAGGCAUUUGAUAGACUGGAGUCAUAUCUCAGCACAAAUGUAUUAAGAAUACCUGAGCAUGUUUUACUUCCAGAGGAUGCUAUUCAUGAAACACCUCAUACUACUGAUGAGAUGCAGAAGUUGGAAACUGAUAUUCAAGAACUAAAACAAAGGCUGCAGAAGGCAAAAAAGAUGAAAGCUUGUUUGCAAGAAGAGCUGAAAGAGCAAGAUGUAGUGAAAAUGGAAUUGGAAAAGUUCAAUAGUCAGUUGGAAAUGUUAAAAAAGAUAUCUCAAGAAACAGGAGUUUUAAACUGGAAAGAAAAUCUUACAUACAGUGCAGGAAAAGCAGUUGUUUUAGUGGAGUCUAUCAAGAACUUAGCAGGGAAAAGCUGACUUGCAAACUGUGGAAAAUUUUUAACUGUAUAUUUUGAACUCCAUAUUAAGUUUUCUAGCCAAAUACAAAAGCAUUUAUAAUGAAUAUGAAAUUUGUAUUAAUAAAGUAAUAUUCAGUUGAACUUGGAUAAAUCAUGAGAUGAUAGUUUUUUUUUCUUCUAAUUUAAGCCAAAAAAAUGCAUUUGAUUUUUGAAACCUAUGGUUUAUGGAUUUACACUCUGAGGUUGUCCUCAUCCUAUUAGGAGCUGGUCUGAGUCAAGCAUAAGUUAAUAAGAUAUAUGCACUUACAGAUAAAAUAAUGUUAGUAUAUUCCAUAUUAGCUAAAACAUUUGUAUUGAUUCAUCUUUAUCUGUAUCAAUACAUUUUUUAUGAAACUAAAGCAAUAAGCAUGAUACACAAUCUGUAUAGAAAACUCAGAUGUCAGAAACAAGAAAACCUUAGUACAUAAUAGUUUCUACAGUAAGUUAUACUUACUCCAGUUGGAUAUUACCUUUAAUCUUUGUUGUGUGUGUCAUUUUGAAUUUAAACUACUUCUAGAUUGUGCAUAAAACAGAACAAUAAAGUACUGACAUGAUCUUUAUGUUCAAAGAAAACCAUGAUGCACAAUUUUUUUUUAAUGCCAUUAAACUAGAUGUAGUUGCUUAUUUCUGAUUUUGUAAUAUAUAUAAGAUUCAUUUCAUUCUGAGUUAUGAACCAUACAGUAACAUAUAUGAAUAUGCAUUUAUAAUGUGUACGAAAUGGGUAAAUAAACUUAA